AUGUGGCAGCCAGCCAAGCCCAAGGAUGAAUCUAAGAAGCCAGAUACCGGCAAAUCUCCCGAAAGUAAAACGAAAGAGGUGCAAUCUGCAGAAUCCAAAAAGGCUAAGGAAGUAGUUGCACCUCUUAGUAAGGAAACUGCAAAGAAGAGUGAGAAGGAAAUCCCAUCGUCUUGUUCUUCGAAAGGAGUGAGCCCUGCUAUGAAGAGUCCGAAAGAACCCGUGAAAAAAGACGGAGCAACGGCUGAAUUGACUAUCACACAAAUCGAUAUUGAUUCACGCGGGAGAAAGACGAUUUUAAAGAUGUGGAAAUUAGAACAAAGCCAGUGUUUGGCAGAAGAUCAAAAUUUAAGCGGUCGAAGAGGUGAUUGGUGA